UUGAGUCAUUUUCCCGCGAAAACAGCCAAAAAAGAGAGAGAAAAAAAAAGAGAGAGGAUCUCCAAGAAAGUGUUUUAAACCUCGAAGCCGACACCCACAUUUGUAUUCCACAAAGGUAGAUGUUUGGGCAGUUGUGUCUCUGAAACAACCACCACAACUAUUCUCACUUCCUCUCAAACUUUCUUCUUCUCUUCCUCGUUACAAUGGAUCCUUGUCCCUUCGUGCGUCUCAUAGUGGAAUCUCUGGCUCUCAAACUUCCCUCUCCAACAAAACCCCCUCCACUCUCCGGGGUGCACCCCUCCACCACCCCUUGCUUCUGCAAAAUCCGCACCAACACCUUCCCCACCCACACGGCCCUCCUCCCUCUCUCCGCCUCCGCCUCCACCCCCGACACCACCACCUCCACCCCGGCUUUCCACCUCGACCCCGCCGCCCUCCGCCGCCUCUCCGGGAAGCCUCUCAGCCUCGUCCUCUCCGUCUACAACGGCCCAAUGGGCCGCUCCUGCUGGGUGCGCGGCGCCAAGCUGUUGGGCCGGGUUCAUCUCACCAUUAACCUCUCCACUGCCCUCUCUCACUCCAACACCUUCCACAGCGGCUGGUUCAACCUCGCUGGGCCCCACAGCACAAACAAACCAUCGGCCCAGCUUCACCUCGUCGUUCGCUCCGAACCGGAUCCCCGGUUCGUCUUUCAAUUCGGAGGCGAACCGGAGUGCAGCCCGGUUGUUUUCCAGAUUCAGGGGAAUAUACGACAACCCGUUUUCAGUUGCAAGUUCAGCGCCGAUCGCAACUACAGAUCCCGGUCUCUUCCGUCAGAUUUCAGAAGCAAUGGCUCAACAGGUGACAGAGAGCGUCAAGGGAAGGAGAGAAAGGGUUGGAUGAUAAUGAUCCACGAUCUCUCAGGCUCACCCGUUGCUGCAGCAUCAAUGGUGACACCGUUUGUCCCAUCCCCUGGCUCAGAUCGCGUGUCUCGUUCAAACCCCGGAGCCUGGCUCAUCCUCCGCCCCAACGGAGCCUCCGUGAGUAGCUGGAAGCCAUGGGGUCGUCUGGAGGCGUGGCGAGAAAGAGGCCCUGUGGAUGGGUUGGGCUACAAGGUUGAGCUUUUCUCUGACAGUGGACCAGCCAACAGAAUACCCAUCGCUGAAGGCACAAUGAGUGUGAAAAAGGGUGGCCAUUUCUGCAUCGAUUACAAGGUCAUGAAGGAUGCAGGGUUGGGUUGGCGGUUGCCGGUGGCAGAAGGGUUCGUCAUGGGUUCAACCGUCGACGGUGAAGGCAAAGUUAGCAAGCCCGUUGUUGAGGUUGGUGCACAGCAUAUCACGUGCAUGCCUGAUGCUGCUCUCUUCAUUGCGCUCUCUGCUGCAAUCGAUCUCAGCAUGGAUGCAUGCACGCUUUUCUCCCAUAAACUUAGAAAGGAGCUUUGCCACCAUCAACAAAAUUCCCUAUCAUAGAUAAAGAUGACAUUACUAUCAUGAUUCAUGAAUAUUCUUUUUGCCUUCAUCUGGGAGUGAGUGCUUGAAGCUUUAGCUGAUUUGGGUUGUUAAUGUUCUUAGGCCUACCUCUACAAUUUGUUUCGUCUUUGCAUUCAGAGUGUUGGAAAAAGAUAUCGCAAGCAGUUGCUGUAGUACCUACACGUUGGGUUUUUUUCAGCAGCUCACAUUUUAGGGGUGUGAUUUAACUGCUCAACCACGUUGUCUGGUUAUUGGGUGUAUAGAUCUCAACGGAAGAUUUCAAAUGUACAAAAAUAUUAAAUGCACAUGUCUAUUCAUAAAUAUUUCAAUGCAACUUUCUCUUAUCA